AUGAAUGGUGAAGACUACAGCACCAUUUAUGACACAGUUCAAAAAGAGAGGAUGUAUGAGGUUCCAGACCAGCCAGAAGAAGAUGAAGGUCCUCUUUAUAAUAACAUCCAUGAAGACGUGAGGUCAGAAAACAAUUUAUAUGCCACUAAGCUGGAAACCCAUGAAUAUGACUCUGUAUCAGUUUAUGUUGUACGGGCUGAGGAGAACGGCGUGACCUCUUCCCAGCCCGAAGAAGAAGACUACUUCCUACCUGAUGAAGCAUAUCCUGAGGCCCAGGAUCUUCAACCAGGUGAGCCCCAGGAAGACAGGGACAUCUUGAUGGAAGAAUUAUACUCACCAACCCAGGACCAGGAGCCCAGCCCAGAAGAGCUCCAGGAGAACGGAAGAAUGAUGAAGGAAGACCUGCCAUCUCCUUCAAGCUUCACUAUCCAGCAGAGCAGGGCCUUCUCUGCCAGCGAGGCUGCCUCCACCUACUAUUCUGCUCCUGAUAGUUUGGAAGAAGAUGAAUUAGCUUCCGUGAACCCUGAGAUUUACCUCUUUGUGAAGGCUGGAAUCGAUGGGGAAAGCAUCGGCAACUGUCCCUUCUCUCAGCGCCUCUUUAUGAUCCUCUGGCUGAAAGGAGUCGUGUUCAAUGUCACCACUGUGGAUCUGAAAAGAAAGCCAGCCGACCUGCACAACCUGGCCCCUGGCACCCACCCGCCCUUCCUGACCUUCAACGGGGACGUGAAGACCGAUGUCAACAAGAUCGAGGAGUUCCUGGAGGAGACUUUGAUCCCUGCAAAGUACCCCAGACUGGCUGCAAAACAUCGGGAAUCCAACACAGCAGGCAUCGACAUCUUCUCCAAGUUCUCCGCCUACAUCAAAAACACGAAGCAGCAGAACAAUGCUGCCCUUGAGAGAGGCCUGACCAAGGCACUGAAGAAGCUUGAUGACUACCUGAACACCCCUCUGCCAGAGGAGAUCGACGCCAACACUCGCGGGGACCAUGACAAGGGGUCCCGGCGCAAGUUCCUGGAUGGGGACGAGCUGACCCUGGCCGACUGCAAUCUAUUGCCCAAGCUCCAUGUGGUCAAGAUCGUGGCCAAGAAAUACCGCAACUACGACUUCCCGGCUGAGAUGACAGGCCUUUGGCGGUACCUCAAGAACGCCUAUGCCAGGGACGAGUUCACCAACACCUGUGCAGCAGACAAAGAGAUCGAGUUGGCCUACGCCGACGUCGCCAAGCGCCUCAGCCGAUCCUGAGUCGGCCGUCUUGCCCCGCCCCCGCUGCAGAAGAACUCACCUUCCCCCGAAGGACUCCGGCUUCACAGGCUCCUCUUCCGCAUCGCCUCGGGAAACAUUUGUUUUCAUCAGGUCACAUCUUGCUGGCAUCAUCGAAACUCCAGGUUGCUGUCUUUUAUGAAUGUCAGCGCCAACCCCACCUGAUUAUGCAGGAAUCUGCAAGCAGAAAUGAUAGAAAUAG